UGCUAAAGUCGUCGGUUGACGUCAACUUUGUCAGGUUCCGUGGGAAAACACGUGGUAAAUUUUUUGUUUUGUGAAAAAACAGUUGAGUUUACUGUAGAGAUGGAGUAUAUGGAAACAGGAGGAUCCGACGAAUCUUCACUCGCUUGUAAAAUUCUUUGCUGUCAAUGUGGAACUCCCAUCGAGCCGAAUCCUGCCAAUAUGUGCGUAGCUUGCUUACGUACUCAAGUCGACAUUUCGGAAGGCAUACCGAAGCAGGCCGUAAUCUAUUUUUGUAAAGGUUGUGAGAGGUAUCUACAACCUCCGGAACAAUGGAUUAAGUGCUCACUGGAGUCCAGGGAGCUUCUUGGUCUGUGCUUGGCUAAACUGAAAGGACUGAACAGAGUCAGACUGAUUGAUGCUGGGUUUGUAUGGACAGAGCCUCAUUCUAAAAGAAUCAAGGUUAAACUUACAAUCCAGGCUGAAGUCCUCGGGGGAGCAGUUCUACAACAAGUGUUUAUUGUUGAAUUUGUUGUGAAUGGGCAAUUUUGUACAGACUGCCACAGGGUUGAGGCAAAAGAUUUCUGGAAAGCUAAUGUACAAGUACGCCAAAAGACUGAUCACAAGAAGACUUUCUAUUAUCUGGAACAAUUGAUUUUAAAGCACAAAGCCCAUGAAUCAACAUUGGGUAUUAAACCUACUCAUGAAGGCAUUGAUUUUUUUUAUGCUAAUGAAGGGCAAGCCAAGAAGAUGUUGGAUUUCUUGACUUCUGUUGUUCCAUGCCGUUAUCAAGUAUCCAAGACUGUGAUAUCACAAGAUAUUCACAGCAAUACAUACAACUGCAAGUUCACGUAUAGUGUUGAAAUAGUACCAGUUUGCAAAGACUGUGUUGUAUGUUUACCACCAAAACUGGCUCAUCAACUGGGAGGAAUAGGACAAAUUUGUGUAGUCCAAAGAGUGUCCUCCACAAUUCACCUGAUUGAUCCAUUUUCGGGACAAAUUGCUGAGGUUAACUCGAAUACCUACUGGAGAACUCCAUUUAACGCAUUAAGUGGAACAAAACAGCUAGCCGAAUAUGUCGUAAUGGACAUCGAAAUCAUACGUGAUCAUGAAAAAAGAACAUUCGCAGGACAAGGUGCCGUGUCAUUUAAGCAUGUACUGGCAGAUGUGUGGGUAUGCCGACCUAAUGAAAUAGGCACAAACGAGAUCCACACAAGGACCCAUCUCGGACAUUUGCUGAAACCUGGAGAUAUUGUCAUGGGGUACGACUUAGCAAACUGCAACGUUAAUGACGAUAAUUUUGACAAAAUGAAUCGGGAGAACAUGGCGGAUGUGGUGUUAGUUAAGAAAAUGUAUGCUGAUAAAUCCGUUCGUAAUCGUCGGCGAAAGUUUAAACUUCGUCAUUUGGAUGCUGAUGGAAUGGACGUUACAAGCAUUAACCGGGAUUACACCGAUUUCUUGGAAGACUUGGAAGAAGAUCCUGCUUUCCGUCAAAACAUCAAUAUCUACAAAGACGAAAGAAAAGCUGCGUUAGCCGUUGAGGUGGGUGAUGCAGACGACGAAAUUCCUCAGAUCACCCUACAGGAAAUGCUGGACGAUUUGCACAUUGGUGAUGAAAAUCCGUUAACCGGAGCCUCAGUAUUGGCAACUCAACAGUAAGGUAUGAGCCAAACGAUUGUAUGUCUACACUUAAUACAUAUUAUUACUGGUGAA